AGUGCCAACGGUGCACGCGAUAGACAAGAGGCCAACCGUCACCUUCGAUGCUCAUCAGUGGGGUGGGUGGGCCGCGCCCGCGGCUCCUCCCCCAGUACGCGCUCAUCCUCAGUGAAACAGAUCGCGGCAGUGGUUUACCACACUGCGGAGGCAGGGAAUCUUUCUUAUUACUGCUGUAACUAAUACUAAAUUUGUUGGCUACAUCAGAAGACGAGCGUUUCUGAGCAAAACAUUGAAAGGUAACUUAGCUUUAGGAACAUCCUUCAGUACACGAACCCCCAGCGUAAGGAGCGCCGACCCCCAGCUCUGCAGAGACACCCGAGCCAUACAGAGAGAGAGGGAGGGAGGCACAGCCCGCACCUGAGCUGCAGCAUGGCCGCACUGGUCUGACGAGCACCCGAGGGCUGGGAGGGCGAGCAAGCCGCCUCUGCUGACGAUGAGGACCCUGCUGCAGUAGAGACGGAUGGUAUGGGAAUGAUGGAGCUCCCCAAUGGGCAGUCGAACGUCGCCACCUUCGCUGCUACUGCUUCUGAGAAGAGCAGCAGCUCAGAGUCCCUCAGCGACAAGGCCUCUGCUGAGCUGAAGAAGAGCUUUGAUGCCGUUGUGUUUGAUGUCCUGAAGGUCACACCUGAAGAAUAUGCGGGCCAGAUCACACUCAUGGAUGCUCCAGUCUUCAAAGCUAUUCAGCCAGAGGAGUUGUCUAGCUGCGGCUGGAACAAGAAAGAAAAGCACAGCUCCGCCCCCAAUGCUGUGGCCUUCACCCGCAGGUUCAACCAGGUCAGCUUCUGGGUGGUCCGGGAGAUCCUGCACGCACAGACCCUGAAAAUCAGAGCCGAGGUUUUGAGUCUUUACAUCAGAACCGCGAAGAAACUCUGUGAGAUGAACAACCUCCAUGCAGUGAUGGCGGUGGUGUCUGGUUUACAAAGCGCUCCAAUCUUUAGGCUGACCAAGACAUGGGCACUGCUGAGCAGGAAGGACAAGGCUGCGUUCGAGAAACUGGAGUACCUGAUGUCCAAAGAGGACAACUACAAGCGUCUGCGGGACUACAUCCGGAGCCAGAGCAUGACCUCCUGCAUUCCCUACUUAGGAAUGUACCUGUCUGACCUGACCUACAUCGACUCUGCCUACCCCUCCACUGGCAGCAUCCUAGAGAACGAGCAGCGCUCCAACCUGAUGAACAACAUCCUGAGGAUCAUCUCUGACCUGCAGCGCUCCUGCGAGUAUGAUGUACCAGUAUUGCCUCACGUCCAGAAGUAUCUCAACUCUGUCCGUUACAUUGAAGAGCUGCAAAAGUUUGUGGAGGACGACAACUACAAGCUCUCCUUGAAAAUCGAGCCAGCCACCAGCACCCCUCGCUCCACAGCCUCUAAGGAGGAUCUAGUAGGCCCGGAUGCGUCCGCCUCCCCGCUGUGUGGUCGCAGGGGCACCGCUGCCGAAGGAGCCCUGUCCAAAGUGCCGCCCACGCCCCCUUCGCCCCGCAACCUCCUCCCCUGUGGACACAGGAAGUGCCACAGUCUGGGCUACAACUUUAUCCACAAGAUGAACACGGUGGAGUUCAAGAGUGCCACCUUUCCCAACGCGGGCUCCAGACACCUGCUGGAUGACAGCGUGAUGGAGAGUCACACGCCCGCUCGCGGGCAGGCGGAGAGCUCCACACUGUCCAGCGGCAUCUCACUAGGGAGCAGUGAGGGUUCGGAGCUCAGUGAGGAGAUGUCGUGGCCGGCCUUUGAGAGGAACCGCUUCUAUCAUUCCCUCGGCCCAGUAACCAGGGUGGCCCGAAUUCCUUACCGAGGAGUCCUGAAAGCCAGCAGCUCGGCAGAGUCAGAGGAGCUGGCGGUGCACCUGUACCCCGGAGCUGUGACGGUGCAGGGGGUGCUGCGGCGCAAGACCCUGCUCAAAGAGGGGAAGAAGCCCACGGUGGCUUCUUGGACCAAGUACUGGGUGGCGCUGUGCGGGACUCAGCUGUUCUAUUACCCUGCCAAGUCUCUGAAGGCCACAGAAAGAAAGCACUUCAAAUCCACUUCUAGCAAGAGCACUUCGGUGGUGGGUUGGAUGUCCAUGAUGGCUGAUGACCCAGAGCAUCCCGACGUCUUCCUGCUGACUGACUCAGAGCACGGCAAUUCCUACAAGUACCAGGCUGGCAACCGGAUGAACGCUCUGCUGUGGUUUAAACACCUGAGUGCGGCCUGCCAGAGCAACAGACAGCAGGUUCCAGCCAAUCUGAUGUCCUUUGAGUGAAUGGCGCCGGAGACUUUGAGGGGGACAGUGGGUAGUGUGACUCGGCAGCACCGGGCGGGAGCCUUCCACUGCCAUGACCCCGCCCUCGCUGCGCCCGCUGCCACCGCUGCCUUAAGAGAGAGAGAGAGGGGGGGGGGGCCUGGGUGUGCGUGAGGAGCGGCGACAAGCACAGAGCGCCACACCCGCCAACCGCUUCCCUACUGACCCUGGAACCUGCGCCACCACUCCUCCCGAUGCUUUCAGUGCAGCCCCACCCACCCCCC